AUGUUGAAGCUUUCGUGUAAUGGGGUGGACCGGGUUCAGCUGACGGCUCAAUGCGGGUUCAUGGGUCGACCCACUUCCUUUUUUUCCGGCCGGAUUUCAGUUAUGGGGUUCCGGUCAACAAAGGCGUGUCCGGUUUAUGCUGUGGCGACGGCCAAGGACGGUGCGGUGGUCAACCGGGUUGAACCGGAAAAUGGGAGUUUGGAGGACCGGUUGAGGCUUGGGAGCUUGACUGAAGAUGGGUUUUCGUAUAAAGAGAAGUUUAUUGUUAGGAGCUAUGAAGUUGGUAUCAAUAAGACUGCUACUGUUGAAACCAUUGCUAAUCUUUUGCAGGAGGUUGGAUGUAAUCAUGCUCAGAGUGUUGGAUUUUCAACCGAUGGUUUUGCAACAACCCCUACCAUGAGAAAAUUGCAUCUCAUAUGGGUCACUGCUCGCAUGCACAUUGAAGUCUACAAAUACCCUGCUUGGAGUGAUGUUGUUGAGAUAGAGACAUGGUGUCAAGCGGAAGGGCGGGCUGGAACAAGGCGUGAUUUUAUUAUUAAAGACUAUACAACCAAUCAAGUCAUUGGAAGAGCAACAAGCAAGUGGCUAAUGAUGAACCAGGACACCAGGCGACUCCAAAAAAUUUCUGACGAACUUCGAGACGAGUAUUUGGUUUUUUGUCCUCGGGAACUAAGGUUGGCAAUUCCUGAACCGGAUAGUAAUUGCUUAAAGAAAAUUCCGAAAUUGGUAGAUCCUGCUCAGAGUUCCAGUCUUGGUCUUGUGCCUAGAAGAGCCGAUCUCGACAUGAAUCAGCACGUUAACAACGUGACCUAUAUUGGAUGGGUGCUUGAGAGUGUCCCUCAAGAAAUCAUCGAUACUCAUGAGUUGCAGAGUAUUACAUUGGACUACAGACGAGAAUGCCAACGUAACGACAUUGUUGAUUCGCUUACAAGUGCAGAAACAACCGAGGAUGUUCCGGAGCUCAAAGGUACAAAUGGAUCUGCCAAAGUGAAUGAUGACAAACAAGAACACCAACAGUUUCUUCAUCUUCUUAGACUGUCUACCGACGGCCUUGAAAUAAACCGAGGAAGAACAGAAUGGAGAAAAAAAGCUCCAAGAUAA